GAUCUUUCCGACAUCCAUGAGAAUGGGGUCCAUCACCUAUACUCAGUUUCCAAACCACGCUCCGGACCGCAGUGGAGCAGAGAAGCCAGCAGCCAUGGAGCAUCUAAGGACGGGUCUUUUACCAUUACGGAUAACAGGAUGGAAUCCAAGACCAUCAAUUUCCAAAAUACUAUCCUCGAUGAGGUCAAGAACCCGGCCAGAUUCAUUAAUACUGAUUUUCUGUUCAUCUUUGAUUGCUGUUUUGCUCAUUACGCAACUCGAGCACCAGAGACUACUCGAAAUAUUAUUGAGAUUCUUGCAGCAACAAGCUCAGAGACAGUUGAAGCAAGAGGCGCAGCAGAUAACACCUUCACUGCAAAGCUGGCUAACGAGAUUGCUCGCAGGCAGAGAGCGAAUCAUGACAGUGUUGAUUUUGCUAGCGUAUUCCAAAGCAUUCGCGCUCGAUCGACGGUUAGGGUGACACCCACGCAUGCCUUGCUGGUUGGUGCAGCUUCAGUUACUUUACCACUGAACGGACAUAAAUUGGUAGACCCGCAAGCUAUCCCUGCGGAUUACACGGCUCUUUUCAGUGUCAAUGUCUCAAGGGAUGUCACAGCUCAAGAUAUGAAAGAGCUCGUCGCAUGGAUGCGGGGGCUACCACCGUUUGCGGGAUUAAAGAUAGAGAGUGUCUAUCGCACUCAAUCAACGUGCUUUAUCCUGCAUGCUGCACUUUCAGUCUACGCCAAGUUACACAGUAUGCAAGGAUACACUCUGAUUGCAGAAAAUCCUGGUCCGCGGCUAAAUCAUCUUCUGCAACUUGAGCCGUCCGAAGAACCUACUCAAUCGCAUAUAGAGAGAGAGAGAGAGAGAGAGAGAGAGAGAAGAAGAAGACAGUACAGUAUAUUAUCUACCAUGGAAGAUCUAUGUUUUCUCCGCAAGUGUCAAUUAGAGGCAUCUAAAGAGUAUACCAAGAACGAGACAAAGCUCUUUGAGCAGUCAUAUAAGUCGUUCCCUUUUUCACUUGCAUCGGAACUAACAGAAGAGUUCCGACCCUCUGGAUCCAGAUAUCCAGAUCCAUCUUAUAUAGGACUGCCGGUAAAUUUACGUCAUAACGAUAGUUGCUUGUUAAUGCACAGGUUUUACAUAUUAUUCUACAGAGCUCAUAAAAGGAAAGAUAAAAUCAAAGGGGAGGUUGCGUGGCCAUACAACUCAACUCAGAAUGCAGGAAUAUCUAAGCGAGCCGCUGCCGACGCCGAACGACAUCCCGCAGGGCUCGCCUAUCGCGCCUAUCCUAUUUCUGUUGUUUAA